UGUAACGAGCGACGCGUCAUCAUUCCCGGGGCCCAAGAGGAGCCCGUUAUUCACAAAGCCCGAAUUUCACUGACCAUCUCAUUCUCACUCCUGAGUGAUAGGAUUCGAAUGCUUUUCUACCUUUUCCUGGGAAAUUCGAUUCAUUAUUGGUUGUCGGUUCAAAGUUGGUAGAUUGAGAUAAGGGGAGAUAUGGGAAGGUUGUUCUUGAUCAAUCUGGAAGGAAGCAUCUAUAGCUGCAAGCACUGCCGUACCCAUCUAGCCCUUCUUGAUGACAUCAUUUCCAAGUCUUUCCAUUGCAGGCAUGGGAAGGCUUACCUAUUUAAUGAAGUUGUGAAUGUCACAGUUGGAGAGAAAGAAGAGCGGAUGAUGAUAACAGGAUUGCAUACUGUUGUUGACAUAUUCUGUGUCACAUGCGGGUCCAUUGUUGGAUGGAAAUAUGAGGCCGCGCAUGAGAAAAGUGAAAAGUACAAAGAAGGAAAAUUCAUUCUUGAAAGGUUUAAGGUUGUUGGCCCUGAUGGCAGCAGAUAUUUACAAGCUCAGGAAGCUCAUGUUGCUGGAAGUGAUGGUGAUGACGCUUGAUUUGCUCAUCUUAGGAUCAUUUCAUUUCUUAUUUGAAAUGUGCAUUCUGAGCAAGAAGAAACCAGAAGCAUUGGUUGGAAGAAAAUAUUUCUUUGGAGGUAAUAGUUCACGUCUUCACGAUGUAGAAGAGAAAUUACAGAACAAUGAGAACAUAAGAUAGUUAAGAGCAAGGCAAACACCUGAAUAUUAUACCUUUGACAGCACAACAACAGUAUUAAGUAUGAACAAUACUUUUUAACAGAGUCACAACUGAAAACAUGAGUAGACUAGGAAAUGCAUUCAGCUUCAUGAUGAGGUAACAUGCUUUCUUGGCCUCGACCCUCUGACGGAUUUGUGUUUAAGAUUCUUUGUCUGUGCUGAUUAGAAUGUCUUUAAAAUCACAUCCUUGUCUUGUUUGCAAGGUUGAAAGCGAUUUACAAGUCUUUUGAGGUU